CCAUUCCCACCUUGUCCGUUGCCCUCCUCCCCUCCCCCAACUCCUGGUCCAUCAUGGCGCCCCUCAUCGUUUCGCAGGAGGAGCUCGAUCGCAGAAGGAUCGUCGACAUCAACUUCGAGACCGUCGCCAACAUUCCCUCCACAGAUUUCCCCGGUCACUGGCCUGGAGAGUCGCACGAAUGGUCCCUGGAGAAGUUCCAAAAUGACUUCAAGAUCGAAUUCCACCGGAACGAGCGAUUCGAAUCCUCCUUCUCUCUCAUCGGUGUCGAUGCCUCGAUAGCCAAUGCCUUCCGUCGUAUCCUCAUGGCGGAGGUCCCCAGCGUGGCCAUUGAAUACGUUUUCGUGCACAACAACACCUCCGUCAUCCAGGACGAAGUGCUCGCGCAGCGUCUGGGUCUGAUCCCGUUCAAGGGCUCGGUGGAGGGCAUCAAUUGGAUGCGCUGGUUCAAGAAGCCCACGGAAGACGAUCCCGAGAGCGGCAGCAGCCCCGCCGACUACAACACCAUCGUCCUGCGCCUGGACGUCGAAUGCACCAAGAACCCCAACGCCGAUCCCAAGGAAGACGACCCCCGCAAGAUCUACAACAACGCCCACGUCUACGCCAAGGAUAUCACCUUCCACCCCGUCGGUCGUCAGGAGCAGUUCUUCUUCGGGGACGAUACCUUCCAGCCCGUCAACCCCGAUAUCCUGGUCGCCAAGCUUCGUCCCGGUCAGAAGAUCGACAUGGAACUUCACUGCAUCAAGGGAAUCGGUGCCGACCACGCCAAGUUCUCGCCCGUCGCCACGGCCUCCUACCGUCUGAUGCCCGAUAUCAAGAUCCUCCGCCCCAUCCUCGGAGACGACGCCAAGAAGUUCGCCAAGUGCUUCCCCAAGGGUGUCAUCGGCCUUGAGCCGGUCUCUCGCGAGGAGGCGUCACAGAAGGGAAGCGGAUACGAGGGCCACGAAGGCGAAUCCAAGGCUGUCGUUGUCGAUGCCUUCAACGACACCGUCAGCAGGGAAUGCCUCCGACACGAGGAGUUCCAGGGCAAGGUCAAGCUCGGUCGCCUGCGCGACCACUUCAUCUUCAACGUGGAGAGCGUUGGCCAGUUCGAGAGCGACACGCUCUUCCUGGAAAGUGUGAAGGUGCUGAAGCUCAAAUGCGCCAGAUGGAAGAGGGGCUUGACGGACCUGAUGCGCUAAGUGCCUCGUCCGUAAAAAAAUGAUUCAAAGCUAUAUAAUGCAUUGGCCAGGCGUUGGAUUGUGCUUGUCUUGUUGUUGAUUUUGUACAUUUACGAAAAAGUCGGUGACAACCUUCUUUACAAUUGCUGGGAGUCUGGACUGGGAUCCUUGAGGGAUAGAAAAAGCAGAUUUGACUUCCUAGG